AUGGCAGUAAAGAGCAAAAAUCAAACACCUACAAAGAAAAAUGCAUCGGCGGUGAAGAAAGCCGCUGGAAAGAAAAAAGAUCUGAAUUCUGGCAAAGACGACGUGCUGGAUAGUGAAAAGGAAGAUGACGAUAUGAUGGAGCUAGAAGAUGAUGAAUCCAUUGCACCGGACGUUGCUGAUUCCGAUGAUGACGAGGAGAUGGAAGAUCAGCCACCAAAGAAGGCCAAAAAGACGAAGCUGGCAAAGGAUAAAUCGGUCUCUAAGGAACUGAAAGGAAAGGGAGCUGAACCUAAGGAGAAAAAGGCGAAGAAUGGUACGAAACAAUCCGAUCUUGCGCUAAAAGCAAAGGAUGCGCGUUCGGAUCGUUUAAAACGGACCGUUUGCUUGAAGCAUGUUAAACCGAUCCAUACCGAUAAGGAUAUCGUAAACUUCUUUUCUACGGCUGGCAAAUGUACCGUAAUUAGACGUGUGCGAAGCAAGGCUCUGGCGAUGGUACUGCUAGAGAGUGUCGAACAGGCUGAGAAGGCGAUCGAUCUGAACGGAAGACUACUUAAUGGGCAUUCGAUUGUUAUUGAACCUUCGAAGUUCCUUGAUAGGGAAAGUGCACUGAAAGAGAAGAAAAAACUUCGAACGAAAAAGAAGAAGUUAGAACGCCGCAAAAUGGCAAAGCAGCAGGCGGCAGGUGUUGAGAAAAAGGAACCUUCCACCGUGGUAAACGGUAAAGGGCAAAAGAAGAAAGACAAAACCAACAAGAAGGAGGGUAGUAAGAAACAAGGCAAAGGGAAAGAAGUCGCAAAAUCUGCUGCAAUCGCUCAAACGAGUAAACCAGCGAAGCCUGCCGGUGAAGCAAAAGGUACUAAGAAGAAGGAAUCGAAAGGAAAAAAGGUGACAAAAUAA